CUUAAUCCUUCAAUCUCGUAGCUAAAUCAAUGAUAUAUGGCCCUUUUCUAGUAGUAUCGCUUUCUCUUUUUCUGAAAAAAUGCCUAGGGAGCCCAACCUGCAAAUUACCGGAUGGAAAUCUAACCUGCAAAUUGUGGGUUUCGCUGCAAAAAAUGGCCCUCCACAAAAACUAGCACUUCUAAAGAUAUAUUUGCAGCUUAUUUGCAACACGUCCUUACCAACGGAAAGCGUCCCCAACCAGGUCUGAGAAUGAAGAGAUUCAAC